AUGAAGCCUUCAAGCUUACUUUAUACUCUGCUUACAGGUCCUUCUUUAUUCUAUUUCUCCGGUGACUUUUUACUUUUUCUCAGAGGUCCUUCUUUACUCUAUUUCUCCGGUGACUUUUUACUUUUUCUCAGAGGUCCUUCUUUACUCUAUUUCUCCGGUGACUUUUUACUUUUUCUCAGAGGUCCUUCUUUACUCUAUUUCUCCGGUGACUUUUUACUUUUUCUCAGAGGUCCUUCUUUACUCUAUUUCUCCGGUGACUUUUUACUUUUUCUCAGAGAUCCUUCUUUACUCUAUUUCUCCGAGAUCCUUCUUUACUCUAUUUCUCCGGUGACUUUUUACUUUUUCUCAGAGAUCCUUCUUUACUCUAUUUCUCCGGUGACUUUUUACUUUUUCUCAGAGGUCCUUCUUUACUCUAUUUCUCCGGUGACUUUUUACUUUUUCUCAGAGGUCCUUCUUUACUCUAUUUCUCCGGUGACUUUUUACUUUUUCUCAGAGGUCCUUCUUUACUAUAUUUCUCCGGUGACUUUUUCUCAGAGGUCCUUCUUUACUAUAUUUCUGUGGUGA